CGCCUAUCACUCGCCCGCAUGAGCACCGAGCUGCCCGCGCCCUCACUCGUCGUCGCGUUCAAGGAGGUCGACGGCCACCAGGUGCACCUCGAGUGCCACUUGCCUGCGCCAGAGCACGUCAAGGACCCGUCAAAGCCUGUCCCGGUCGUCAUCUGGUGCCACGGAGGCGGCUUCUUCGACGGCGCCCGCACCGACUUUUCGCCCGCCAACCUCCUCCCGACCCUCGCACGCGGCUGGGCCUUUGUCGCGCUCGACUACCGCCUCGCGCCCCAGGUCACGCUCGAAGACGCCCUCGACGACGUGCGCGACGGGUGCGAGUACGUCCGGAGCGGCCGGCUCGACAAGGCGCUCGGCGGCGGGAGGGUCGACGGGACGAGGUUGGCCGUGACUGGGUCGAGCGCAGGUGGCGCCCUCGCCGUCUUUGCGUCGUGCACGCUCUCGCCCCCACCGCUCGCCUGCUACUCGCUGUACGGCUCGCUCGACCUCCUCCACCCGUCCUACAACGCCCCGGUCGCCUUCCCCUCGGGCCCGAUCCACCUCGCCGAGGUCGCGCCGCACCUCGACCCGCACGGGCCCGUCGUGUCGCACUCGCCCGCCGAGGUCGACUUCAGCACCAUGAUCGCCCAGGGCCGCACCCGGGCGUGCUUCUACGCCAUCCAGGAGGGCAAGGUCCUGCCGUGGUCGACCCGAGUGCCCGAGCGCGAGAUCGACCUCGAGCGUCCGAGCGAGGCGCUGCGGGCGUACCGCGCGACGGAACUCGUGAGGCGCGCGAGCGAGCCGAGGAGCGAGAGCUUGCCGCCGACCGUGUGCGUGCAUGGGACGGACGACAUGAUGGUGCCCGUUGGGCUCAGUCGGGACCUCGUCGCGGCGCUCAGGGAGGCGGGCGUCGACGCAGAGAUGAUCGAGGAGGAGGGCGCGAACCACGGCUUUGACCUCGUGCCGGGCGUGUACGGCGACGCGAGCAAGAUGGGCGGGAUCGAGCGGGCCAAUGAUUUCCUCGCCAAGUACAUUGACUAGUCUCUCGCUCGGCAAUUGGACUUUAGUGCGACGUG